GAAAUCCCCCAAAUUUAUACCGUUGAGGUGGCUUCUUCGUGCUUUCCUCUUCAUCUCUCGUUGCGACAGCGGUUCGACAUCAGCAGCCCGGAUUUGAUGGUUUAGGCGCCUCACCAUCUAUGCUUACCUACUGAGAGGCCUUUUCCAACUUCCUAAGUUCGCGUCGUUUGACCCGCGUCGUGGUCAUCCGAGUGUCAUCAUGGCGAGACUCGUGGAUGAUAAUCAGAUCAAAUAUGCGUCGCUUCACAAUCCCCUUCCCACCCAGCUACACACCUACGUCUGGCCUUUCCUGAUUAUCUGGCCGGCGUUCUUCGCUUUCUACCUGUCUCCUGAGCGCUACGAUACUUAUAUUCAAGGCCAAGAAUGGACUUUCGUUUUCUCUGGCUCGAUCAUCACGGCGCAGUCACUCCUUUGGCUAAUGACAAAAUGGAAUAUCAAUAUUGAAACCCUGUUCACCGCUACCAAGGCCCGGUCGGUCGAUUCUGCCCGUCUUAUCAAGGUCAUCCCGGCCGCCAACGCUGGCUCCGCUGAGAUCUGUCCGUUGGUCGUUGAUACUCGUGGUGGAAAGAAGACGAUCUCAUUUUUGUUCCAGAAGCGCCGUUUUCUCUUCAACGAAGAGACUAAGUCCUUCGCUCCUCUGUCGUACGUGCUUGAUGCAGAGCCCAAGCCUGCACUCAAGUUCUUUCAGAAGAGCCAGGGCUUCACGACUAAGGAAGAAAUCGAGCGCGUUCGCCACCACUAUGGAGACAACACUUUCGACAUCCCCGUUCCCGGUUUCGUUGAGCUCUGGAAGGAGCACGCAGUCGCGCCUUUCUUCGUUUUCCAGAUCUUCUGUGUCGGUUUGUGGAUGCUGGAUGAAUACUGGUACUAUUCCUUGUUCACGCUCUUCAUGCUUGUCAUGUUCGAGAGCACGGUCGUCUGGCAACGGCAGAGGACCCUCGGUGAGUUCCGGGGUAUGAACAUCAAGCCUUACGACGUUUGGGUUUACCGUGAGAAGAAAUGGCAGAAAAUCACCAGCGACAAGCUCUUGCCCGGUGACCUUAUGUCUGUCAACCGUACCAAGGAGGAUGGCGGUGUUGCUUGUGAUAUUCUACUCAUCGAGGGCAGCGCCAUCGUCAACGAGGCUAUGCUUUCUGGGGAGAGCACACCUCUCCUGAAGGAAUCGGUUCAACUCAGACCCGGAGACGACUUGAUUGAGCCUGAUGGAUUGGACAAGAACGCCUUCGUUCACGGAGGCACCAAGGUUUUGCAGAUUACCCAUGCAAACACCGCUCCCGAGGAUCUUGUUUACAAGAAUGAUUCGAGCAUUCUGCCUACUCCGGAUGCUGGCGCGCUCGGUGUCGUCGUUAAGACCGGAUUCGAGACUAGCCAGGGCAGUCUCGUGCGCACAAUGAUUUACUCUACUGAACGGGUCUCUGCCAACAAUGCGGAAGCUCUGCUCUUCAUUCUGUUCCUUCUCAUUUUCGCCAUCGCCGCCUCCUGGUACGUCUGGCAGGAGGGUGUUGCGCAGGAUCGCAAGAGGUCAAAGCUUCUUCUGGACUGUGUCUUGAUCAUCACCAGUGUCGUCCCUCCCGAACUCCCCAUGGAACUCAGUCUUGCCGUCAACACCAGCUUGGCUGCCUUGAGCAAGUUCGCCAUCUUCUGCACGGAGCCUUUCCGGAUUCCUUUCGCUGGACGCGUCGAUGUUGCCUGCUUUGACAAAACCGGCACACUCACUGGUGAGGAUCUUGUUGUUGACGGUGUUGCUGGGCUUACUCUUGGUCACGCCGGUGCUAAGGUUGAAUCGGACGGCGCACACCCUGAGCUGGCCAAGGGCGGCAACAUCGGACUUGACACUACGCUUGUGCUUGCAAGUGCCCACGCCUUGGUCAAACUCGAUGAGGGCGAAGUGGUUGGUGACCCCAUGGAGAAGGCUACUCUCAAGUGGCUCGGUUGGACUCUCGGCAAGAACGAUACCUUGACUGGUAAGGCCAUGCCUGCCACUGGUCCUGUCGUUCCCGAGUCCGUUCAGGUUGUGAGGCGGUUCCAGUUCUCUUCUGCGCUCAAGCGCCAGAGCACGAUUGCUACUGUUGUCCUUGAUGAUCGCAAGGCCCACAAGAAGGUCAAGUCUACCUUUGUGGGUGUUAAAGGUGCUCCCGAGACUAUCCGUACCAUGCUUGUUGAUACUCCUCCGGGUUACGAAGAGACUUACAAGUACUUCACCCGUAACGGUGCCCGUGUCCUUGCUCUCGCUUACAAGUACCUCUCUCAUGAGUCUGAAUUCUCUCGCGGACGCAUCAACAACUACACCCGUGAGGAUGUUGAGUCUGAUUUGACCUUUGCCGGCUUCCUCGUCUUGCAGUGCCCUCUUAAGGACGAUGCCAUCAAGGCCGUCCGCAUGCUCAACGAGAGUAGCCACCGUGUUGUUAUGAUCACCGGUGACAACCCGCUGACAGCCGUCCAUGUUGCACGUCAAGUCGAAAUUGUGGACCGUGAGGUCCUGAUCCUCGAUGCUCCUGAGAAUGACAAGUCUGGAACAAAGCUGGUCUGGCGAAGCAUCGAUGACAAAGUUAACAUUGAUGUCGAUCCUACUGAAGCCCUGGACCGUCGCAUCCUAGACACCAAGGACAUUUGUGUCACGGGCUACGCUUUGGCUAAGUUCAAGGGACAGAAGGCCUUGCCCGACCUUCUUCGUCACACUUGGGUUUACGCCCGUGUCUCUCCCAAGCAGAAGGAAGAUAUCCUCCUGGGUCUCAAGGAUGCCGGUUACACGACUCUGAUGUGUGGUGAUGGUACCAACGACGUUGGUGCUCUGAAGCAAGCUCAUGUUGGCGUUGCCCUCUUGAACGGUUCCCCUGAGGAUCUUCAGAGGAUCGCUGACCACUACCGAACAACCAAGAUGAAGGAAAUCUACGAAAAGCAGGUUGGCAUGAUGCAACGUUUCAAUCAGCCCGCUCCUCCUGUUCCUCUUCAGAUCGCCCACUUGUACCCCCCUGGUCCCAGCAACCCCCACUACCAGAAGGCUAUCGAUCGUGAGGCGCAGCGCAAGGGCGCCGCCACUCCAGGUGCGCAGGGCCAGGCAGAAGCGAUUCCGACCAUUACCUCGCCAGGCGCCCAAGCCCUACAGCAGGCUAACUCCAAUUUGACCCCCGAACAACAACGGCGGCAACAGGCGGCGGUUUCUGCUGCUGGAUUCGCUGACAAGCUCACCACAUCCAUGAUGGAACAAGAACUCGAUGACAACGAACCCCCGACUUUGAAGCUCGGAGACGCCUCGGUUGCUGCUCCGUUCACGAGCAAACUUGCCAAUGUUAUUGCUAUCCCUAACAUCCUUCGUCAGGGACGCUGCACCCUUGUUGCGACCAUCCAGAUGUACAAGAUUCUCGCCUUGAACUGCUUGAUCAGUGCAUACAGCUUGAGUGUCAUCUACCUGGACGGCAUCAAGUUUGGUGACGGUCAAGUCACCAUCAGCGGUAUGCUGAUGAGUGUCUGCUUCCUUUCCAUCUCCCGCGCGAAGUCUGUGGAAGGCUUGUCCAAGGAACGUCCGCAGCCGAACAUCUUCAACGUCUACAUCAUCGGCUCUGUGCUUGGUCAAUUUGCUAUCCACAUUGUUACCUUGAUCUAUCUGUCGAACUACGUCUACUCGAUCGAACCGAGACAAUCCGAUAUUGAUUUAGAGGGAGAGUUCGAGCCGUCGCUUCUCAACAGCGCCAUCUACCUGCUUCAGCUCAUUCAGCAGAUUUCGACCUUCUCGAUCAACUAUCAGGGCCGUCCCUUCAGAGAGUCGAUUCGUGAGAACAAGGCGAUGUAUUGGGGGCUGCUAGCCGCCUCCGGUGUUGCUUUCUCUUGCGCCACGGAGUUCGUUCCGGAAUUGAACGAGAAGCUGCGCCUGGUUCCCUUCAGCACUGAGUUCAAGGCUACUCUGACUGUUUUGAUGGUGUUCGACUACGCUGGAUGCUGGAUCAUUGAGAACGUGCUCAAGCGACUGUUCAGUGACUUCCGGCCGAAGGAUAUCGCUAUUCGCCGGCCAGAUCAGCUCCAGCGGGAGGCGGAGCGCAAGCGCCAGGAGGCGUUGGAGCAGCAGACAGGGAUAAAGGCAUGAGGAGGCCUGGGUACAAUUCAGGGUGUUGGGUACAUUAGAGAGACCUCUAUUAAUAUGUCCUGUCUAGAUAUAUACUGUUAUGCUGAUUGGUAAGAAAGGCCCUUACGGCCAUCGGAAUGUGUGUUCAUAGAACAAAUGAAGUCAUAGAAG